AACUGCAGAAAGAAAAUGUUGAACACGUGCUGUUCUAAAUGGAUCCGUAGCGUAUUCCAAGUCCACUUGUUUCAAAUGGAGGAAACCGACGGAUCUCCAGUGGCGAGGACAGAGCCGGUGAACGAAAGACCGAAGAGGAACAAGAGAAAGUCGUCGAUGGUGGAUAUGGACGCGUCCCCAGAGCGCAAUUCCAAACGGCCAUCUUUGAGACGAGGAAGUUCUUUCACCUUCCUGACUCCUGGACCCCAGUGGGACUUCACGCUGAAACGCAAGCGCAGAGAGAAGGACGAUGCCGACGCAGUCAGUCUCUGCAGCUUUGACUUCAAGGAACCCUGUACCAAGCGUGUGAGGCCUCUUGGCCGAGUGACCUCGCUGGCGAACCUCAUCUCUCCCGCGAAGAAUGGGGCCGUCCGACGCUUCGGCCAGACCCUCCAGGCCUCGUUCCGAGGUGAUGGGCGGUCUCCGGGCGUGCCCCAGCAGAAGCCCUGCAGCAAAGCCGCAGCUCCCACACCACCCAAACGCCGCAACAGCACGCUCUGGUCCGAGACUCUGGACGUCCACCAGAAAGGAACCUUUUCCACCAAAGAGAUUAAGAGACAAGAGGCAAUUUUUGAGCUGUCUCGGGGAGAACAGGACCUGAUUGAAGACCUGAAGUUAGCCCGAAAGGCGUACCAUGAUCCCAUGCUGAAACUUUCUAUCAUGUCUGAGGAGGAGCUGACAGCCAUCUUUGGAGACUUGGAUGCAUAUAUUCCUCUUCACGAAGAUCUUCUCGCUCAGUUGGCGAAGGCUACAGGCCGAAAUGGUACAGUGGGACAGAUCGGCAAGAUUGUUGUGAACUGGCUGCCCGGGUUAAAUGCGUAUAGGGCAUAUUGCAGUAACCAGUUAGCCGCAAAAGCCUUGCUUGACCAGAAGAAACAAGACCCAAGAGUUCAGGACUUCUUACAGCGCUGCCUUGAGUCACCUUUCAGCAGGAAACUAGACUUGUGGAGCUUCUUGGACAUCCCUCGUUCACGAUUGGUCAAAUACCCCCUUCUUCUGAAAGAGAUUUUAAGACACACACCACCAGAACAUCCAGACACAGCAAGCCUUGAGCAGGCGAUAAGCAUUAUUCAGGCUGUGUUGGCUGACAUCAACAUGAAGAAAGGAGAGUCAGAAUGUCAAUACUAUAUCGACAAGCUGGAAUAUUUGGAUGAUAGACAGAAAGACCCACACAUAGAGCAGUGCAAAAGCCUGCUUUGCCAUGGUGAACUUCGCAACAAAAGUGGCACGAAGUUGCACGUUUUUCUGUUCACGGAGGUUCUGGUCUUGACCCGGCCUGUGACACGGAAUGACCGGCAUUGUUUCCAAGUGUACCGCCAGCCAAUCCCGGUGCAGGACCUCGUAUUGGAAGACCUGCAGGACGGAGACGUUCGCAUGGGCGGCUCAUUCCGAGGGGCCUUUAGUAAUGCAGAUAAAGCCAAGAACAUCUUCCGGGUGCGCUUCCAGGACUCAUCUCAGGGUCAGUCCCACACACUGCAGGUCAAUGACAUCUUCCACAAGCAACAGUGGCUCAACUGCCUCCGCAGCGCCAUGUCAACCCAGAAAGAUUCACCGCUCCCUGAGAAUGAAUCCAUGUCCACCCCAGCCAGUACCGACAUUUGUGCCAAACGGCGCUCGUCUACAGUCUCCGCCAUCAUCCAUAUGGAAGAGAUGGAUGAGAACUGUCCGCGGGCCGCAGUCUCCGCCCCUUCCUCCCCCAGCUCCGAGGAGCCCCCCAGCCCCACUCCUUCUGCAACCUCCACCCUCUCCUCGUCCUCUUCAUCAUCUUCGAUUUCCGGCCCCUUCCUGCCUCGCAAAUCAAAAAAGGACAAGCGUUCACUCUGCUCGCUGGGAAAGAGGAAGGAGACCAUGGUGUAAAGACUUAGAUGGAGUGGCACCAUGCGGAGGACUUGUAUUUAUGUGUGUGUAAAGACUGUUUCUACAGCAGUGUUUUUGUGUUACUGUCCACAAUGGCAGCUAUUAUUACCAAAUCCCUCCCCCAAAAACCCUCAUAGGUCCACGUGGGCCACACCAGUACCAGAAAGACAGUAUUUGUGAGGCGACUGUGUGAAUCUCAAGGGAUUGAAGAUUGAAGACAUCCCGCACACUUUAAACAACCAUGUUGAUUUGUGUGAAAGCACAAGAUCACGCAUCUAGUCUUGUUUACUGUUAGUGUGGUCAUUUUUUGUUGUUUAUUUUAUUGAUAUUGAUUUUUUUUUUGUAAUUAAAGUUAUACUUUUUUAAACUUCUCAAUAAGAUAUUUACUGUAGCUCUUUUUUGUUUUUAUUAAAAGCACUGUGUUUAGCUUUUAGAAGGGAAGAAUACCCACUGAGAAAAGAGAUUAAAGUAAUGAAUACUUUGUAAAAGUCUGAUUCAUAGCUCUACUGGAAGGCAAGUCUUACAAGUACAUUCCCAUUAAACGGAUAUUUUAUCAGCUCAAUUUUAUAUUUAAAUCAGAUGGUAUAAAUUUAUCAAGAAAAAAAUGCUAUGUUCGCUAGUAAUAUGAUUUUAGUUUCCAAUUGGAAAAUUUGACAUUUAUCAAA